CGCAUACCUCCCAUCUCCACACAGCUGUUUUGUUAAACAAAACAGAAUUAUUCGCCAAUUGUUUACAAAAACACUCAAAAAGAGUCUAAGCAAACAAUUGGCAAGCAAGUGAAGACUGGCUAGUCUCAGAUUAAAUUAUUCCAUAAGUGAUGGACAGCCAGGCACCGAUCGAUGAUCUACUGCUGGACAUUGUAGACAAUGCUUGGCGCAUGGAAGUUCUACCCUUCGACCAGAUUCUAGUGCCACGCGAAAAGCUACCCGAUCCAGAGGCGGACGGCGGUGAUUCACACCUGACGGUCAGCGAGCAGGAGCAAAAGUGGACUGAUCUGGCGUUGGGCUCGCUGGCACCGGACGCAGCCCUCAUCGAUCAACUGAACAUCACCUCUAUCUAACCAAGGACCGUGAGUCCACGGGCGAGUGCCACCGCCUCGCCAACCAACCUAUUAGCACCACAAGCCCAACUCCUAACACCCCGACAACAUGACUAGCAACAACCAAAACAAUAGCUCAAGCCACCAGCACCUACACUCCCCCUCCAAACUAACCGAAUUUGCCCGCAAUUUCGAAGACAAGCCGGAAUCGCUCUUUGGCCGAGUGGUAAACAAGAUCCAGAAUGUAUACAACCAGAGCUACAAUACCGUCAACGAUAUAUCAAGUGGGAGCAGCAGCAGUUCCUCCACGCAGCCAGUGCAAGUGGUGGGCAAAUCACAGUUCUUCAGUGACUCCCAGACUUCCACCGCUGAGAUUGCCGAUGUGGAAACCUCUAGCCAGAGCUCAGUUCGCCCCCAGCCACCCACCACGCUCAGCAUAAGGACCAAUAGUGAGACACGUGGCACAAGCACCUCCAGCAAUACCGCUGCAGAGGACUCCGAAACCAGCGACCGCGUCGAAACGCUGCCGCUGCCAACCAGCGAAGCGAAUCAGGGGCGCACCGUUUCUAACGUCCUCAAACACAUAAGCAAUAUUGUGGCCACAAAAAACAAUAACGAUCUGCGAAACUACAAGGACACGGAGCUGCAGCGCUUUUGGAUGCCCGAUUCCAAGGCUAAGGAAUGCUAUGAUUGCUCUCAAAAGUUCUCCACCUUCCGGAGGAAACACCACUGUCGAUUGUGUGGCCAAAUAUUCUGCUCAAAGUGCUGCAACCAAGUGGUGCCUGGCAUGAUAAUUCGCUGCGAUGGCGAUCUCAAAGUGUGCAACUACUGCUCCAAGAUAGUGCUCACAUUCCUGAAGUCCUCAAGCUCUGAGAUGGGACAGGAUAUGCAGGAGCUGCAGCAGCACUUAAGUAACAAACUGGAAGUACAAGAUAGUGGCAGCUCGCUUGCAAAACAUCCCCAGAUGCAAAGGGCACCCCUUCCGCGUAAGACAUCAGUGGGCUAUCAAGAGGAGCGAUUCAGUUCGCAUCCAACUUACACAACCCUUUCCAUCGACGAUCGCAAGAAUAUCCUGCAGCAGUCAAAUUCAUUAAUUACCCUGCACGAGGAAAUGCAGCGUGAUCUGCCUGCUCAAAAUUGUGGUCAGCGUCUGAUUGAGUUUCUCAAUAGUAAUAAUAAAUCAGCAAACGAGGUGCAGGCGGUGGCCAUACUGAAUGCUAUGCUAGCCGCUGGUUUCCUCGAGCCAAUCGUACCCGAUCCCGAGCAAAUGGACUUCGAUUCGUCGCUACACUAUAAGUUCUCCAAAAGCAGCAGUUCGGAUACCUCCCGAACGAUGAGUCCGCAAUUUGAGGCGAAUCCCCAUGCGGAACCACAACCUCCAAAGUCAAUGGAUCAAUCAGCUGAAGAAAAGGAGAAGGAGCUAGAAAAUGAACUGGAAAACGAUCGAUGCUAUACCACAGCAACUUCUAAGCUUCUUGCCUCCUAUUGCGAACACGAAGAGCAGCUACUGGCACAGAUGUUGCGCGCACAUAAUUUGGACCAGGAAUGGGACAAGGUGCUUCAGAUGCUUUGUUCCACGGCAGCGAAUCACUUCAAGCCAGAGCAUUGUAGUAACGAUCUCAUGGACAUACGUAACUAUGUAAACUUUAAAAAGGUGCCGGGUGGCAGACGCAAGGACUCGAAGAUUGUUCAUGGAGUGGCAUUCUCUAAAAAUGUCGCCCAUAAAGAUAUGGCAACUCAUGUGCCCUUUCCUCGCAUACUGCUGCUGCAGUGUCCCAUUGUGUACGAGCGUAUUGAGGGAAAGUUUGUGACCAUUGAGACCGUGCUGCUCCAGGAAAAGGAAUACCUUCGAAACGUUUGCGCCCGCAUUAUGAGCUUCAAGCCCAACGUUGUGCUUGUCCACAAGAAUGUGGCGGGCAUUGCCCAGGACCUUUUGAGAUCCUAUGAAGUUACCCUUGUUCUGGAUGUAAAGCUUUCGGUAAUGGAGCGUCUGUCACGCACCCUGCAGUGCGACAUUGUCAGUUCAAUUGAGUCGAAUAUAACCAUGCCCAAGCUGGGCUAUUGCAAUGAUUUUUACAUACGCAACUAUAAUGGCAAAACGUUGAUGUUCUUUGAGAAGCUGACCAAUCCCCGGGGAUACACCUGUCUCCUCAGAGGUGGGAGCAAUGCUGAACUGACGAGGGUCAAGCGGGUGGCAUCGGCCCUGCUCUUUGCACGCUACAACUGGCGCUUGGAAAUGUCAUUCCUGCUGAACGAGUUCGCCCAACCACUUAGUCCAAAACCUUCGAUAUUCGACUCCAAGGAAACAAGCCCCAAAACGGAAACGGAGGCAGAACUUCGAUCUAAGCGACCAAUUAUUUUAGAGCGCAAGUCCGAGGAUAAGAUCACCACCAUCGUCAGCGAGAAUGUGUCUGAUUUCACGGAUCCAUUGCGUGCAUCACAAGCCGAAGCCCUGUCCACUUCGCCUUGUGCUCCACCCGUGGUUGAGGCGCUAGCUGUGGAACCGCGUUACGACAACAGAUUCCGCACGGCACUCAGUUCCACGCUGCUCUCUGUGAGUCCCUUCCUGACAUUUCCCCUACCUUAUUUGGAAACGGAACAGGGAAGGAAAUGCAAGCUGCGUAAGCUGUUUCCCGCAGAGCUAUACUUUUCCAAACAAUGGUCCCGGACCGGAUUGGAGAGGCCAGAUAGCAUGGGAGACGGCGAAGCAGGGAAAUCUGAGCCAGGAAACAAAGAGAACCAGAUGCAGCUACUUCCAGCCCAUGAUUUUGUGCUGAUGAAGAUCACAGCACCUGCUAGCAGUCGAGACAUUCAGUCGAAGCUAGCUGAGUUCCGCUCCUUUGGCGGUCGGUUACCCAAGGGCAAGGCUCCGAUGCUCCGACCGAAAAAAAAGAACGCCGAAGUGAUCCAGCGACCGCAGAAGGUCAGUGAGGAGCAACUGUACAAGGAUGCCCUUGAUCCGCAGAACCAUCAACGUCUACCGGUGCUCUUCUGCAGCUUCCAUUACAAUCCCAAGGGCGUUUCGUCGUUCUGCAAGCUGCCCAUGCUGCUGGACAUGAAGUUCUACGGGCAAUAUGACAUCAUGCUGGAGCAGUUCCUCCAACGUUACUGCUGUCUUUUUAACUCCAUGUGCCCGUCGUGCAAUCUGCCGAUGCUGGGUCAUGUUCGUCGAUAUGUACACUCGUUGGGUUGCGUACAUGUCUACCUAACCGAGGACCUAACCCGUUCCGACCCCACGCGUAUAUACUUUACCUCCUGGUGCAGCAUAUGCAAUGCCACUACACCCACUAUUCCGCUUUCCGAUGCCGCAAAGUGCCUUUCCCUCGCCAAGUACCUUGAGAUGCGCUUCCAUGGCCACGCCUACAAGAGACGACCUCCUUCGACGGACGCAGAACAAGGUGGCACUGUAUGUGAACACUCAUUGCAUCGUGAUUAUGUGCACCACUUCAGUUUCCGCGGUGUUGGCGCCAAAUUCCAAUAUACGCCCGUUGAGGUUUGGGAGACGGAUCUUCCUUCGUUGACUGUGCAACUGGAUUUGCCGCAACCAUUUCAAAGUGCCCAAGUCCAGGAGGAAAUUAAAAACUUUUCGAUAAAGGGUCACGAGGUUUACAACAGGAUUCACGAGCGUAUUGCUGACCUCGCCACCGAGGAAGAGAACUCACCACUGGUGCAGCAUCUGAAAACCAUGCUCACGCAUGACCAGUUUAUCUUCAAGCAGAAGAUUGAGAUCGUACACACACUGCUCACGGAUAACAGGGCUACUGCCUACGACACUAGCGAUGCUUUGGCCAUGGCAAGAAGAGCUCUGGCAGAGAGCAUUGAGCUGUGGGGACCGCGGUUGCAGGAGAUCGAGAAGCUGACCGCCAAGCAGGCGCAUCACAUCGACUCUGGAACCAUCUGCACGGAGGAACUAAGACCGGAACAGGUUCAGACUGCAGAUUCUUCUAAAGUUACCACCUCUAGUUUGCCAAAGGAGAAUGAUCCCCUGGAGUGUCCAAGCGAGGACACUGAAACUGGCGCAUCAAACAGUCAGACUGUUUUGGACAAGAAUUUCUCUAUUGACCAGAUGUUGGCCUCUACCGUUAACGUUUACUCGGAUAAAAAGUCUAUAAGGAAGAUUCUUACCCAGCUUCUGCCAUCUGGUAAUCAGGUUAACCCUUUGCAGUCGCCAUUUCCGGCACAAGAUCAUCUGACGCUUCCAUUGGGCAGUAUUCCCAUUCACGUGAGAGAAACCGAUCUCAGUUCAGUGAUUGCAUACAGUUUGACCUCGAUGGAUUAUCAAAAGGCAAUAGACGAGGCGGAGGCCAACUCCAAUGCUGCCCAUUCAAGUCCGCAGUUAAAGCGAAAAAUUCCAUUAGCGGAAAGCGUUAGCGACGCCGAAGACAGUCCAAGCCUUUCGCGUACUUCGAGCAACACAAGUGCCGCUCCCAAUGCAUCGGUUCCUUCUCCAGCUACCGCGGCCUCCGAGUCGGAGGAAAAAAGCAAGGAACGCAUAAAGCAGCCACCGAGUCCGCAUAUCACACUGGCAUUCCAAGAUCACAGCUGCCAGUUCCAGUGUAAGAUCUACUUUGCCCGCGAGUUUGAUGCAAUGCGGUCGAAGAGUUUGAAGCCUCCCAAGCUAGACAAAUCCCUGUACCGCCGGCUGGAGAAGAGCAAGAUGCGGGAGGAGCUGAGAAUCUCACAGAGUCGCACCGGGUCCGAAAUGGAGCUGGUUCGCAAACCCAGCGACGUUGGUGCGCCUCGAACCACUGAGGAUGAUUCCAAUCAGGAGGAGGACGCUAGGAUAGCAUUGGCGCGAAGCCUUUGCAAAAGUGUCCAAUGGGAGGCGAGGGGCGGUAAAUCGGGAUCCCGGUUUUGCAAGACGCUUGACGAUCGUUUCGUGCUCAAAGAGAUGAACUCAAGGGACAUGACCAUCUUUGAGCCAUUUGCUCCGAAAUACUUUGAGUACAUCGACAGGUGCCAGCAGCAACAACAGCCCACAUUGCUGGCCAAGAUCUUUGGUGUCUUCAGAGUCAGCGUGAAGAAAAAGGAUUCUUUCGUGGAGCGUUCUGUGAUGGUCAUGGAGAAUCUGUUUUACGGCUGCAAUAUUGAAAACAAAUUUGAUCUUAAGGGCUCAGAGAGGAAUCGCUUGGUGGAUCCCAGCAAUCAGCAAGGUGAAAUUGUCUUGCUGGAUGAGAAUCUGGUUCAGAUGUCCUGGUCAAAGCCUUUGUAUGUGCUGUCCCAUAGCAAAACUGUCCUGAGGGAUGCCAUCCAGCGAGAUUCGUCCUUCCUGGAAAAAAACCUCGUCAUGGACUAUUCACUUUUGGUGGGCUUGGACAAGAAAAAUGGCGUCUUGGUACUUGGCAUCAUAGAUUACAUUCGAACCUUUACGCUGGAUAAAAGAGUGGAAUCCAUUAUAAAAGGAUCGGGAAUCCUUGGAGGCAAGGGAAAGGAUCCGACCGUGGUCAAUCCGGAGCGCUACAAGCAGCGCUUUAUCGAUGCGAUGGAUCGCUAUUUCCUCACAGUUCCGGAUCGUUGGGAGGGCCUUUCCAAGGUCUAAUCCCCUUCACCCACCCACACACACACACACACACACACACACAAAGUGCACACGUUAGUUAACUUAACAUAGCUAUAGACGCAAUAAAGUAGACGCCAAUCCAACUCAAUUCGAUUUCAACAACCAACACUCUGUCAGCCAGCAUUUCCGACUCCGCAGGCAAAUUGAUUUGGCCUUGACCCGCAUCCGCAGCCCGGAAGCCACCGCUGCUCAUGACAAUUGAAAGCCAUGUACUUCGGAGUUGCGUGCCAGGCGAAAAAGGAAAUUAUUAUCAUGAUGGAGACCGCGUCGCGAAAUGAAAUCGUUAAGAGGCGAGUAAAUCAGGCAAAUGUGCCCAUUGGAGUCUCAUAAGCAUGGUUUCAUUAGCAAGGCGUCAAAAUGCCGCGAAUUGGGUUAAAGAACUCAACUCUGACAGCUGCAGCGGGUGGCCAAAAUCGGAAUCAAAACAACAUAACACCAUUUCAUAUUCAAAUCAACUGCAGCUGGCAACUUUUGAUUUCCCAAACAGCAGGAGCAUGAGAAGGAGGACACAAACGGCCGGAUUGCAUGUGGCAGCACUUAGAGCUCAACUCAAAAUAUAAAAUCCUCACAUUGUUGUAAUCCCCCCAGUGACACCUUAAGUCAGUCAGUCGCCGUGGGAAAAUGUUGGCGCAGCAGAAGCGCACUGGAGUUACGGACGCUGAGGGUGGCAAAGUGGCAAGUUGGCCAGGUGGAAAUGUCGGAAAGUUGGCGUGCGAAAACUGGCUAACUUCUUGGUGGCGCGCACUGCCACCAUUCAGUUCGGAUUUACGAUCUGAGCGGUCAAGUUGUAGUGCGGCGAGCUGCGCUUAAAUGGCGCCAUUUGCGGUUCGGUGGCAACGGAGGGACUGGACUACUGGACUAGUGGUCAGCCACUGGCCAAGGGUGUGCCGCAACAUGAGUGCCAGCUACAAAGUUUUCCCACUGCACGGAGACUCAAUAAAUGUUUAAUUAGAGUGCAAAGCAUACAAAAGCAGGAAAUCAACUAUGGCAAUUGCCUACGACUGGAAGACCAACGAUGUGUAAGGAGCUAAGUUGGUUCCCAACUAUUUUGGGAUAUAACAAAUCCACUAGCUAAUAGUCUCAAGUAAAAGUAACACCCAACUAUUCUUAGGAACUAACUCAAGGAAUUUCAUGUGUAUUCCUUCGAAAGUUUUCCUGCACCCCACAAGGAAAUAUUCUGACCCCAUUGUUUUAUUAACCUGUUUUACGGAGGGUAACUAACAUGUUCAUGAGUAUAAAUAAAAAAGGCUAUUUUCUUUAAGC